AUGCUCCUCAGGCGGAGGAUACUAUCGCUCUCGGCGUCUCUCAGAAACUGCAAUUCCGGUACCGGCGAUGCUUUCUCCUCUCCACCUCAUUUCUCUUCAAUCGCGAAGGCUCCAAUCGCCGCCGGAGAUGUCCUCGUCCGCGAGUUUAAAGACUGGUUUAAGCGCGAUGGGCAGAGCCACCAGUUAAUCGAGCAGAUCUCUCAUAUUCUCCGAGCUCCCUCAAACGAAGGAGAUGAUCGAGCUUUUUAUCUCCACCUCUCCGGUCUCCGCCUCCGGCUCACUGAGAGAUUCGUCCUCGACGUGCUUAAUCACCUCCGCAGCGAUAUCUUCUCGUGCCUCAAGUUCUUCGAUUGGGCCGCUCGUCAGCCUGGAUUCCAUCACACUCGCGCCACUUUCCAUGCCAUCUUCAAAAUCCUUCGCAGCGCCAAGCAUGUGAGUAUCAUGACAGAUUUCUUAGACCGGAGCGACGGUUUCGAAGGCUACCGCCACUCUCUCCGUCUCUGCGACGCUCUCGUCAUUGGCUACGCUGUCGCUGGGCGCACUGACAUCGCUCUCCAGCACUUUGGUCAUAUGAGAUUUCGAGGUUUGGAUUUGGAUUCGUUUGGCUAUCACGUCCUCCUCAAUGCACUUGUGGAGGAGAAAUGCUUUGAUACUGGCGACGUUAUCUUCGACCAGAUCUCCGCUCGUGGCUUCCUCUGCGCGGUGACGCAUUCUAUUAUGGUGAAGAAGUUGUGCAAGCAAGGCCAGCUUGAUAACGCUGAGGCUUAUCUCCGCUCCUUGCUCCCCGAUGAUCCUGAUGGAUGCGGUUCUGGGUUAGGCAUUUUGAUCGAUGCUCUAUGUUCCAAAGAAAAGUUUAGGGAAGCUACUAAAUUGCUAGACGAGAUCAAAGUGGUGGGAACAGUUUCCAUGGACCGUGCUUACAACAUGUGGAUUAAAGCUCUCAUUGAAGCUGGAUUGUUGAACAACACUGCUGAUUUCUUGGAGAAGAUUAGUCCUUUGGAAGGUUGUGAAGUCGAAGUUGUUAGGUACAACUCUUUGAUCUUUAAGCUUUUGAGAGAGAACAAUGCUGAGAGUGUGUAUGAUAUCCUCACGGAGAUGAUGGUACGGGGAGUAUCUCCUAUUAAGAAAACCAUGAAUGCAGCCUUAUGCUUCCUUUGCAAAGCCGGUUAUGUAGAUGAAGCCUUAGAGAUAUACAGGUCGAGGUCAGAAAUUGGGUUUACUCCUACCGCCAUGUCUUACCACUAUCUGAUUCAUAGCCUUUGCACCGACGGAAACGUCCAACAAGCUUUUGAUGUCCUGAAGGGAGCGAUGGACCGGAGGCAUUAUCUUGGUGCAAAGACUUUCUCUAAACUUACCAAUGCUUUGUGCUGGAAAGGGAAAGCUGACAUGGCUAAGGAGCUGGUUAUUGUUGCCGUGGAGCAAGGCUUGUUGCCAAAACGUUUAGGCAGUUGCAAGAUUAUAUCAGCUCUUUGCAAUGUUGGGAAAGUAGAGGACGCUCUGUUGAUCAAUGAGCUGUUCGAUAAGAGUGGUGUAGCCACCACGUUCUCAGCGUUCGUCAGCUUGAUAUACGGCGCAAUCAGAAUAAAGAGAGGAGACAAAGCUGCGAAACUCAUCAUGAGAAUGCAGGAAAAAGGCUACACACCUGUCCAUAACCACUACCGAGACGUGAUUCGAUCUGUGUGUGCGAUGGAAAGCAGUAACGAAAACUAUUUCACUACUCUGCUAAAGUUUCAGCUGUCUCUCUGGGAAAACAAAGUCGGAGCGUACAACUUAUUCAUCGAAGGAGCUGGGUUUGCAGGAAAGCCAAAACUCGCGAGAUUAGUCUAUAACAUGAUGGAUAGAGAUGGGAUCAGGCCGACGCUAAACUCAAACGUUCUCAUGCUACAGAGCUAUGUGAAAAACGGGAGAAUCGCCGAUGCUCUACAUUUUUUUAAUGACCUGCGUGAGAAAGGUGAGACCAAAAGAGUACUUUACCAAGCCAUGAUUGUUGGUCUCUGUAGAGCAAACAGAGUAGACGACGCUAUGCAAUUCCUGGAAGAAAUGAAAGGCACUGGAAGACAUCCUAGUAUUGAAUGUUACGAGUUACUGAUUCAAAAGCUCUGCAACGAAGAGAGGUACGAGGAGGCUGUUGGAUUAGUGAACGAGUUUAGGAAAAGCGGGCGUCGUAUUACAUCCUUUAUUGGUAAUGUUCUCUUGUAUAAUGCGAUAAAGAGCAAAAAGUUGUAUGAAGCGUGGACAAGGAUGAGAGAUGUUGAAGAGAAGAUCCCAGAGAUGAAGUCUCUUGGCGAGUUGAUAGGAGUGUUCUCGGGACGAAUCGAUAUGGAAGGGGAACUGAAGCGGUUAGAUGAAGUGAUAGAGAAAUGCUAUCCUUUGGAUAUGUACACUUACAAUAUGCUGUUGAAGAGAGUUGUGAUGAAUCAGGCGGAAGAUGCGUUUGAGUUGGCUGAAAGAAUAGCGAGAAGAGGGUAUAAGCCUAAUGAGUGGACUCAUAUGAUACUUGAUCGAGCUCGACGCAUACUUGAAAGAACGAAUUCUCGGUCGAAUGGUUGGAGUAGCAGAGGGAGGCAGCUUGAGUAUUGA